AUGAGGCCUGUGGUCUACCUCGCCGCGUUGCUCGCCACUGCUGGUGCAGCUGUUGCGUGCGCUGGUGGUAAGCAUCAUGACGACCAUGAAUGGACCAAAGAAGAGUUGGACGAGCUAGAAAGAAAAUGGGGAAUGGAGUGGCCAUUUGUUGGCAUUGGAUCCUUUGCUCAUCUUAAAUACGUAAAAUGCCUCACGACACCGAGUGAGGACUUUGAUAUUGCAAUCGUAGGUGCACCUUUUGACACAGCCGUCAGCUAUCGUCCUGGAGCCCGGUUCGGCCCCAGGGCUAUCCGCCAGGCAUCAAGCAGACAGACCACCUUUCGUGGCUUCAACCCCCGUGCAAAUAUCAACCCGUACCAAAACUGGGCAAAGAUCAUCGACUGCGGUGACAUCCCAGUCACGCCAGUGGACAACGCCGUGGCGCUCACGCAGAUGACGGCAGCCUUUGGCGAGCUUGGCAUGCACAAGCCGACCUCGGGUCUUCUGCAAAGGCCCAAGCUGGUGACGCUGGGAGGCGACCACUCGCUCGCGUUGGCAGCCCUCCGAGCGCUCAAGAAGAUCCACGGCAAGCCGAUCCGGGUGCUGCACUUUGAUGCGCACCUGGAUACUUGGCACCCGGCCAAGUACCCUUCGGCGUGGCCGUCAGAGCAGGCCCACUUCAACCACGGCAGCAUGUUUUGGCUCGCGGGCUCCGAGGGCCUCAUCUCCAACUCGAGCGACGCGCCGUCGGUGCACGCGGGCCUGCGCACGCGCCUGAGCGGCGACGACUGGGGCGACUACGACGACGACACGGCGCAGAACUGGAAGCGCAUCGCCGCCGACGACAUUGACGAGCUGGGCGCCUCGGGAGUCGUCCGCACCAUCAUGUCUCACCUCGGCACCGAAGACCCCGUGUACCUCUCGGUCGACAUUGACGUCCUCGACCCAGCUUUUGCCCCGGGCACGGGCACGCCCGAGCCCGGCGGCUGGACCACCCGUGAGCUUAUCCGGAUCCUGCGCGGAAUCGAGGACCUCAACGUCGUAGGUGCCGACAUCGUCGAGGUCUCGCCGGCGUACCAGGGCGCCGGGGAGGAGACGGCGCUUGCUGGGGCGCAGGUCGCCUACGAGAUCAUCUCGAGCAUGGUCAAGAAGGGGAUGAAGGAGAUGGGGAAGGAGACGGCGAGUGGGUUCAUUGGUGUCGAGCGUGAUGAGCUGUGA